AUGGUGACAGUCACCAUUUGUUUUGCAACCACAUCCAGCUCCAAGAGUCCUAUUCAAUUGAAACCUGCCCCAACAUCUGAGCCACCGGCUAGUACCAUAUCUGACCGAACUGGAACCUCGGAGGCAAAUCAAGUCAGUGAAUCUGAACUGGAUGAACAUGGCAACUCUGAUUCAGGCCACUCCGCUACUGGAACUGAGGCUGUACCAUUACCAUCGGUCACCUCAGCUCCCCUUAAACCCCAGUCUGAAGACACUGUGAGCGAGCUCACCUCUGCGAUCGUCAGAUGUCACGCCGGGGAGGAUCAGACAGCCCACUGGGGAGGAUGCAGGAAGCGGCUGUCCAUGGGGCUCACCUCCAGGUUUGAGUCGGCCGGCCUCUCGUGCCCCUCACAGCCACCAGCCAAAGAAAACAACCAGAAGCAGGAACAGGCGACCAAGAGAGAGACUGCGGUCCUCAAAGUGUCGGUCCUCAGGACCAAGGAGGAAGAGAAGAUAACAGAUUCACCGGAGACACCGUCUGACCCGGAGUGCAGACUCAAGCACUCAGCACCGCUGAAGGAAGAGAGGUUUGGAGAAGGGGUAAAGGAGACAGGAGAAGAGAAAGUGUUGAGCAUACAACGGAGGAUCAGUUUGCUGCUGGACUCCUCCUCGAGGCCAGAGCCUCUGACCAAGAGGGAGGAAGUUCCUGAUCCAAUUAAACAAGCAGACGGUUCUGGGGGUGUGAAACAGCGAAUUAAAGACUGGGCAUUAGACACACCUCCUGUUCAGGCAUCCAAUCAGAGGGUGGAUGUUGCCCCUCAACCAAUCCCAUGCAGAGUUCACUGUGUGUUGAGUGUCACUGGGGGGUCAUUGGCGACGAGCGAAAGCGUUCAGCUAGCUCCCCGAGAGGACAAGGCUUCCACCCUAUGUCGCUCAGGACGUUCUGGGAUAAAGGUUAAUAGUGAGGAGAUAGAAGAUGAGGAAGAGGAGGGAGAAGAAGAGGGAGAGGAGAAGGGGGCCCAGGUGCCACUCUACAAACCAGUAGGAAGACUUCUUCGGAUGGAAGAUGGAGGGAAAAAACAAGAGCUAGUGAUUGAUCAAAUAGAGAAAGAUAUGGAGACCAAGGUGCAAGAGGAGGAAAAACUUAAACAGCUGGAGCUAGAAGAGAGACAAGCAGAGAAGGAAAGGGAGAAAGAGAGGAAACAAGAAGUUGAGUUAGAAAGACAAAAACAAGUGGAGAAAGAAAAGGAAAGGGAGAGACGGAGCGAGAAAGAAGAGAGAAAGAUGAAAGAAGAGGGGAGAGAAAGACAAAGAGAAAUAGAGAGGGAACGGGAUAGACAGAGACAGAGAGAGGAGGAAGAGAGGGAGAGAAAGAGGAAGGAAGAGGAUAGGGAGAGAGAAAGACAAAGAGGGGAGGAGCGGGAUAGGGAGAGACAGAGAGAGGACGAAGAGAGGGAGAACAUGAGGAAAGAAGAGAAGGAGAGAGAAAGACAGAUAGAACUUGAGAGGGAAAAGGAGAUACUGAGAGAGGAAGAAGAGAGGGAGAGGAGGAAAGAAGAGAGGGAGACAGAAAGACAGAUAGAAGUGAAGUGGGAAAGGGAGAGACCGAGAGAGGAAGAAGAGAGGGAGAGGAGGAAAGAAGAGAGGGAGACAGAUAGACAGAUAGAACUUGAGAGGGAAAGGGAGAUACUGAGAGAGGAAGAAGAGAGGGAGAUGUUUAGAGUGGAAGAGGAGAGAUUGAGAGAGGAGGACAAGGAAAAACUUAUAGAAGAGGAGAGGAAAAGAGAAAGAAAGAGAGAGGAGGAAAAGAUGAAGGAAGAUGAGAGACAGAGAGAAAAAGAGCAGGCAAGAGAAAGACAAAGAGAGGAAGAGAGGGAGAAAGAACAAGUGGAGUCCCCAGUCCAAUUGAUCACUCUUGAACCUGACCACUCUCCCAAGCCAGAGCUUCCUUCUCGUUCCCCUUCCAUCCCCAUCAUAGAACCCAUACUGAAGGAUGAGGAGCAGCCUCACAUCAAGGUGGUCUACAGCUUUUCUAACAAAGAGGAGAAAACUCUUCUCGAGGUGGUCAAUGAUAAUUUCUCCAUCAAGCUCGGGAGGUGGGGGUCUCAGACCAGGCUCCUCGCCGACUGUGCCCAGGAUGAGACAUCUUCCCCUGGAAGGUUACUGGGCCUCCAGAAAACUGUUGUUAACACCCAGGAAGCACUCAACGUCAAAUCUCAUCCAGCCGAGGGGAACAUAGAGUGGGUAGUCCCCACCCCAGAGAAUAGGAUGGAGAAGGUGGAUGAAGAAGAGGAAGCAAAUGUGGACACAGAGGAGGAGCAGUUGAAGUGCUGUGUGGGGGCGGGAGAGGGACAUGACACAGAGGCUCUGAUUGGCGGAGAGCUAGACAAGCAGUAUGGGGGAUGUGACACUAGACUGUCUGAGGAUGACAGUCUGCAGACGACAGUGGAACAGAUCUCCCCUGUCACACCAGAUGAGCCUAACAGCACAUCUCCACUAGAAGAAACAGAGGAGCUAUUAGCCUUUCCUGAUAUUUCUCCUCUAUUGGACACCAGUGCUCAGCGUGCAAGGGCAAAGCUGAGGAAGAGUCGGAGGACCCGCCCCCCUCGAGCUGUCCAUCAGAACUCUACCACAGCAACGCUUGAGGAAAACCGUGUCCACGACUGGAGGUUCUGUGACUCCUCAGAUAAGGUGGACUCUCUAACAAGGGGAGAUUGUGAGUCUGAUGAGGAGCAGCCCAGAGGGAGGGAGGUAUGUUCACCACCUUCCCAGCCCCAGAGAAUACCCCUCUUUUCUGGAAUGGACCCGUCCGCUCUCAAGGCCCAGUUAAAGAAGCGAACAGGGGGAGGAGUUAAAGGAGCAGAUACAGACAGUCAGACAGACAGUCUUGCUCUGUCCCCCUCUCAGCUCUCCCGCUCUCCCGGAUGUUCCUCCUUCCUCCCCAGGACGUCACAGAUACUACCCCCUGUAGUGAACAAAGAUGGAGGGGGGGACUCGUCUCCUUCAUGGCUGCAAGAACUCAAGUCUAAAAAGCGCUUGAGUCAAUACAACAGUGAGGACUAGCUGAGUGGAUGGACCUCAUUUUUACACCAGCUAUUACAAUCAAAAUACCUAUCUGAUCACAUUCCCCUUCCAUACACAUCUUAAAGUGUUAGUUAACUCAAAAUAAAGCCUAUAGCUUGUUAAAGGUUUGCAGUCUGACGUCAUCAGACACACUUUGAUUUGAGUGAACUAUCACUUUAAAAUAUGCCCUGUAUCUGUGUCAUGUAAAUGAGCUUUUAUUCCUGUUUACCUCUAGGAGAUACCACCCAGCUAGCAGUUCAGUUCCUUGGAACUUGUAGGAAUGUAUGUUUUUGGUUUUACCAUUGGUUCUGGGAACAAAGCCAUUAGUAUCUUGACCGGUAAAACGAAAAGUUCUGAGAAAGGAAGUGAAAACGUGGUCUGUUCUGGAAACUUACAUUCUUAGGUUGCAGAGAGAUUCUGAGAAGCUUUCCUGGGAGGUUUUAUAUUAACGUUCUGAGAACGUAAAUUAUAGGUUAUUUGAAGGUAUUUAUAUAACGUCCUGAGAAAGUGUUUCAAUAUGACUUUUAAUAACACUGAUAGCUUAGUUUGAACUCCAAGAACAUAUAGGACACAUGGAAAUGCAUUUUCUUUUAUUGUGCCAGAGUCUAACCUAUGAUCUCCUGUUUUUUAUCCAUGGAAUUAGUCAACUGCGCCACCAGGAUGGAGCUAGCAUGCCAUGGUUGUUUUUACUCAUACAAAGCUGAUCAUUUUAAUCUAUUCAAAUAGACCCCAUUUCAAAGGUAACAAGCAUUAAUUAAGUCCCCGUAUGGCCAAUUAGUGGGCGUAGCCAACACGUAACAAGAUAGAGGAUAUAGAGUUGUGUUAAUGCUGAGAACCGAAUGUAUAUGUUUUUAAAUAACAUUCUUUAGAACGUUCUCUGAAUGUUAGUAAAGUUUUUGUGUUUUUCAUGGAGAAUGUUCUUAACGUUCUCUGAACAAUUUGAGAACAUGAAUUUAACUAGAACCUGUAGGAAACGUUAUGCUGAAGUACCAAAAUUGCCACAGAAAAAUGUUGUUUCUUAAUGUUCUUAAGAACUAUUGGAGAACAUUCUCAAUGUCAAACCGGUUGGAGAACAUUCCUAGAAUGUUACCAAAAUUGUAAUGAAAUAUAACCAUGUUUGAACUUUUUGGAAACAUUCUGUUAAAGUAAUGAAAUUCCAAGAAAACAAUGUUUUCUUGUGAAGUUCCUUAAAUGUGCUGAGAAUGUUCCAAAGCCAAGCAACUAUCCUGUACCAUUCCCAAACAGUUGUGAGAAGGAUGCAUGCAAAAAUAACCAUAGGACAACCACGCUCUCACCAAGCUCUAAGAAACAUAUGGUUCUCAGAACAUUGUGUGCUAGCUGGGCAUUGACUUGGAGAUCAUCCAACUGAUGCUGCUGUUGUUGCUGACAAACACCCCUGUGACAAACACAGCAGUGACCUGGACUCCCUCCAAUUGUGUGCCUUUCCAGAAACUCCCUUUUUAUUAUUGACAAUCUAUUCAAGACAAUGGAGAAGCAUUGGAUACUUUCCUGCCCUGCGUUGUGACCAUCUCUUCGACUUUUCUAUUCGUCAAAGGAAUUAUAAGCAUGUAGACUAUUUGCAACACACACACACACACACACACACACACACACACACACACACACACACACACACACACACACAGAUUAUUUGCAACAUUUGGACAAGUGCCUCUCAUCCCAUAUGUUCUAGACUGUAUCUUUCCAUCCAUCCAAAUUUGCAUGUCAUAUUCUGUGUGGGAGCUUGACGUAAUUACCUGUUUAGGUCAUGCACACAAAUAUCCACAAUGCCACAAGGUUCACAUACAUACUUGAAUUGUACAUCUUUUGGCACCUAGCCAAUGGAACUUUCCUUCUUUCUCAAUUGAUCUCUUGUUUUGAACUAACCCGUCGGUUUCUUUUCUCUGUUAUGUUAUGCACUCACUCGCUGCUCUGAUGAGCUGCUCUUGAUAAAAGUAUCUGGUAGAUACAACGAUAUUAUCUCUACUCUGUCCAAACAAGAAAAGGAGAGGAAUAGCUCUGUCUGCACUCUUGUUGUGGUUUGAUUAGAGACAAUGUCUCAACACCUGUGUACAAUAGGUCUUUCAUCUGAUCUCAGCCAAUAACAAACCAAUACACAUGUGCUUCCUCUGCCUGCCAUGAUGCCCAAAUCCUGCAAUAGUGCCAUAAAGCACUUUAAGAGUGAUCCAUUUACAGUAACAAUGACGGGUGCACUAGAAAAUAAUUGUAUACAAUACCAUUCCCCGUCCAUAGGUGCAGACUGACAUUGACAAAAUGAUGUCUAUCAAAUAAUAAGUACUAAUUUUACACAUUCAGAUUCAAGUAUAUUUGGGCAAGGUCCUAUUGUAGUUGCAUUAGUAAUAAACAUGUUGAUCUGGUAUGUCUGUAUGUAUUGCUGUCAGCCACAGAUAAGAUCUUGUUUCUUCUGAGUGUUGAUCAGCUGAUAUUGUUCAUUGCUGCCAGAUCUAUUAAGGAGUAUUUUCUAUCCGUGUUUUUUGAAAAGGUGCAAAUCUCUAACAUUUUCACUUUCAUAUUAUCUUCAUAACGUUCACUGGAAUAAUAGAAAACACAAACAAUGCACACACUCAGAAACGCAUAUACUGUAGGCCUAUAUACAGUAAGAAACAUAUUUUGAAUGGCACCAUAGUGUUUUUGACACCUACACCUAUUUGUCUACAUUGACUGUGUGAAAAGUGGGUAACACCACUUGACACCCAAUGUCAUAACACGUUAUGAUAUGGCCAUAACCAUGUCAUAACAGCUGACAUACCUUGUCACAAUAUAUAUGUAUAUAUGUCACAGCAGCUGUAAAUAUAUAUUUACACAUUUAUUCAAAUAACUUUUUUUGCAUGCCAAGAGGUUUCCUUUCGUUUGAAAGUUUGUUUCUUAAAUCCUUUGAUGUUGUUGUAAUGAAUUAUUUUUAAAAUAACUUGUAGAAAAAUAAACUUUUAUGACACUGUCAUGAAGAAUUGUGA